AUGGCUACUGCUACCAAUCGUACUCCUAGUGCGGCAACCAACAACGUUAGGAAUGCCAAUUCGAAAAAAACUGAAGACUGGAAACAAAAUCUACAUCGUCCAGCUCCCGACAAACGUAUCAGAACUAGUGAUGUUACAAAUACGAAAGGCAAUGAUUUUGAAGAUUACUGCCUCAAGCGUGACCUAUUAAUCGGAAUCUUUGAGAAAGGAUUUGAAAAACCGUCGCCAAUUCAGGAAGAAAGUAUUCCCGUCGCUGUUUCUGGUAAAGAUAUUAUAGCGAGAGCAAAGAAUGGGACAGGCAAGACUGGUGCUUACUUGAUUCCAUUAUUACAGCUAACUGAUCCAGACAAGAACGUCGUUCAAUCGAUUGUCUUAGUUCCGACUCGUGAAUUAGCCUUGCAAACUAGUCAAAUUUGUAAAGAACUUGGUAAACAUAUGCAAAUAAAUGUUAUGGUAACAACUGGUGGUACAAAUCUCCGCGAUGAUAUUAUGCGUUUAAAUGAUCCAGUCCAUGUUAUGGUUGCAACUCCUGGGCGCAUGUUCGAUUUAGCCCGUAGAAAUAUUGCUGAUUUAAAUAACUGUAAACUUCUGGUCCUGGAUGAAGCAGAUAAGCUGCUAUCUAUGGAUUCUAAUGAAUACUUGGAAGGAUUAAUUAGAUUACUCCCCGAUAGAAGACAGAUACUUAUGUAUUCAGCUACUUUCCCAGUUUCAGUAUGUUCCUUUAAGGAUCGACACUUACAUAAUGCUUUCGAGAUUAAUCUUAUGGACGACCUAACAUUGAAAGGUAUUACACAGUAUUACGCUCAUGUUCAUGAACGUCAGAAAGUCCACUGCCUGAAUACAUUAUUCGCAAAGCGAGUAGAACUACUUGCGAAAAAGAUUACACAAUUAGGAUACUCUUGUUUUUAUAUUCAUGCUCAAAUGAGUCAACACGAUAGAAAUCGGGUUUUUCACGAUUUCCGUCGUGGAGAAUGCCGUAACCUUGUAUGCACUGAUCUUUUUACAAGGGGUAUUGAUAUUCAAGCUGUAAAUGUAGUUAUUAAUUUCGACUUCCCUAUAAGUUCGGAAACUUAUUUACACAGAAUUGGACGAUCGGGACGAUUUGGUCACUUAGGAUUAGCAAUUAAUCUUGUAACCCCAAACGAUCGACGUAGUCUUUAUCAAAUAGAAGAAGAGCUUGCAACGACAAUUAAAGCUAUACCACAAAAUGUCGAUGCGCGUUUGUAUGUAGCUGAAUUUCAAAUGUCAGACCAGUAA